AUGGCGGUGGAUUUGGAUCUAAAUGAUCCUGAAGUACGAUUAUCACAAUUUCUUUAUGUUGGUAAAGAAUAUCCUGAUUAUCAACCUGGAAACUGGUUUGUCCAUAGCUAUUUUUUGACUAAAAAUAUUCCGUCUAUUGAAGAAUUAGCUGAAAACACAGAGAAGCAAUUAUUACCAGUUCAGAUUAUUAAGAAGGCAUUUGAAAGUAAUUUUGUUCCAAAUCCAGAAACAUUGGUGUUUGCUCUUGCUGUUUGCUGUAGACAAAUGAAAAGUGAAAGUUUACGUCAAGCAGCUUAUUUAGCCGUAGACAAAAUUUGUGUAUCCCCACAGCAUUUCAUAUUGUUUAUAAAAUUUGCUUCUCAAAUAAGUAAGCAAAAAGAAAUUGAUGCAACUGGAAAUUCAGGACAUGGCUGGGGUCAUGGUUUAAGAAAAGCAAUAAAUAAUUGGUAUUUAUCAAAAUCUCCAAUGGAACUAGCAAAGUGUGUUACAAGGUACAAAAGCAGAUAUGGUUGGAAGCAUAAAGAUAUUAUAAAAUUAUCUCAUCCUGUAACCAAUAAUCCUGGAAGAAAAAUGGUCCUUAAAUAUGUAAUACGUGGCUUAGAAGAAACAAAAAAAUCUUCUAUUGAAGAUCCUACACUUAUGGAAAUUCUAGAAUAUAUUGAACAUGUUGAAGAUUUUAAACAUUGUACAGAUGAAGUUCGAGCAGCAGGUCUUUUGGAGAUGUACAAAUUAACACUAGAUCAUGUACCUGGACAUUUACUGAAAUCUAAAGAGAUUUGGAGUGCAUUAAUACCAUCAAUGAAUUUAGUCAUGCUUUUAACCAAUUUGCAAAGAAUACACAAUCUUAAAUUAUUGAAACCAGGCUCACCAAUAGUUUCCAAAAUAAUAGAUCAAAUCACUAAUGAAGAAAACAUUGCCAGAGAUGAAGUUCAUCCAGUUUUAGUAUUUGUUACAAUAAAAGAUUAUGAAAAUUCUGGAAAAUCAUUAACGUACGAAAAAAGAAAAAUCAAAGAACAGUUCGAUAAAUCAGCUCCAUCCAAACCAAAUUCUAAAAUCAUUGAUGCUCUCUACAAAAUGUUGAAUAUUUCUUUUUUUCAUGUUCAACCAACUGGUUUAAGUUAUAUGAUAACAAUCAAUAUGAAUAAAGUAAUGUUGGAAACAAAUACUUGGCGUAACGGUAAUACAAAUGGUGCAGAAGCAGGGUGCAUGAUUGCACUUGCACUUCUUCGGAGUGAGAAGAACGUCACCGUUGCCACGUUUAAAAACGUUGGAAUUCAUGUUGUAACUAUUGAAAAAAAUGCUACUUUUAGUCAACUUAUGAAAAAAUUGCAAUUGAUGCCUAUUGGAAACGCAAAUUUGGGAAAACCAAUGUCAUGGGCUGGUUAUCAAAACCAUAAAUACGAUGUAUUUAUUAACGUUGUAGAUCAAAUAUUUGAAAAAUCUGACACAUCAGAAGAGGCUCUUCAAGCAUAUAAUACAAAACUCAAACUUAAAGAUACAAAAUUAAUAAAUUGUGCUGUAUGUUCUUCAUCAACUUAUCGCAAGCAGAAGAGUGAUAAAAAUAUUUUAACAAUUAAUGGUUUUGAUGCUAGUAUUCCUGUAGUUAUACAGGCUUUUGCGAAAUCUCUGUUUUAGUAACUGCAUGCAUAGCAAUUUCCUCUUUGACAAGCAGUACUACUUAAUCAGUUAUUACACUUUGAAAAUGACAUCAACUUGAUUUUUAAAGAGAUAAGUUUAAAAUAAUUUUUAUGGAAUCGUCAAUUAAGAAAUAUUUCAAAAUAUUUAGAUUACUACAAAUCAGACUCAUAAAGUAGUUUCCAAUAAUCUGUAAAUGUUGUUAGUCUGAUACUUAUAUAGUAGUCAGAGCAUGCACUAGUUGAAAUAAUUAAAAUUAAAAUCGAAAUUAUUAUGAAUCACAAUAUUUGCGUGUAUAAUUGCUUGUAAGUAAUACAAAAAUUGGUAAAUGAGGCUUAAAUUUUUUCGUUUAUCAAAGUUUUGUUAUUAAAACGAAUGAGAUUAUUAAAUGAUAAUGUUUAACUGUUCAAAAAGACAUAUUUAAAUAGAAUGUAAACAAAUUUUAUCUUAGAGUGCCGAAAAAAUUAAAUAAUCUAAACGAUCUUUCUAUACUGAUAUAUUAAUAUUGACAUUAAUUGUUUUAGUACAAAACUCAUAAAGAAUAUUUCUUCUAUGUCUAUUUAAAUUUGAUAUGAUAAGAGAAAUAAUAAUUCGACACUUAAUUAUUAUUCAUUACUAACUCUUACUCUUAUAAUUAUCUCAUAUUAAUACUAACGCAUAAACAUUACUAAAUAUUGCAUGUUUUUAGAGUUUAGAGUGA